GGUUCAGCGCCCGCGCCAAGGACAUGAAUAACCUGGAGGAAGGCGUGGAGUUCCUCCCCGCCAUGAACUCCAAGAAGAUGGAGAAGCGCGGCCCCAAGCGCUGCGUCGUCGUCGGCAUCGCGCUCGUCGUCUCCCUCCUCGUCUCCCUCGUCGUGGGCCUCCUGGUUUGGCACUUCAAAUUCAGGAACGCGCCCGUCCGCAAGGCUUUCAACGGCAACUUGCGGAUCCUCAACUGGGAGUUCCUGGACGCCUACGAGAACUCCAGCUCGCCGGAGUUCGCCGUGCUCGCCAGGAAGGUGAAGAGCACGGUGGAGGACAUCUACCGCAGUCACGCUGACAUUGGGCCCUACCACAAGGAGACAGCGAUCACCGCGUUCAGCGAGGGCAGCGUCAUUGCCUACUACUGGUCGGAGUUCGUGGUGCCCGCGUACCGGGAGCAGGCGCUCGACCAGGCCAUGUCCGAGAAGCAGAACCUGGUGCAGAGGCUGAACCCGCGGCUGCGCAACCCCGCGCUCAGGGUGGCGGAGGUCGUCGCUUUCCCUGUUGACCCCCAGAUAGCUCGUUCCGCCCGAGACAAUAGCUGCAUCUUCGCCCUGCACGCCAAGGAAGGGGAGGUCACCAGCUUCACCACGCCGGGCUUCCCCAACAGGCCCUACCCCAACAACGCGCUCUGCUACUGGGCCCUGCGGGCCGACGCCAACCACGUCAUCAGCCUGACCUUCAAGACGCUCGACCUGGAGCAGUGCACGGACCGCAGCGACUACGUCAAGGUGUACAACUCGCUGAGCCCCGUGGAGCACGACGCCAUGGUGAGGCUCUGUGGGAAUUACGCCCCUACCUACAACCUGACCUUCUUGUCCGCCCAGAACGUCAUGCUGGUCGCGCUGGUCACCAACAAGGAGGGGAGAUACCCUGGCUUUAAGGCCGAGUUCUUCCAGCUCCCAAAGAUGAAAGCGUGCGGCGGGACCCUGAAGGGGGAGAGCGGCACCUUCACCACUCCCUACUACCCUGCUCACUACCCCCCGACCACCCACCGCGUCUGGAGCGUGCAGGUGCCCUCGAAGCAGAACGUGAAGGUGCGUUUCAACAUGUUCUUCGUGCUGGAACCGGGCAUCCCCGUGAGCUCCUGCACCAAGGACUACGUGGCCAUCAACGGCACGAGGUACUGCGGGGAGCGCACGCAGUUCGUGGUGGCCAGCUCCAACAGCAAAAUCCAGGUGCAGUUCCACUCGGACGCGUCCUACACCGACACCGGCUUCUCCGCCGAGUACCUGUCCUACGACUCCAGCGACCCCUGCCCCGGCAAGUUCGCCUGCAACACGGGCCGCUGCAUCGACACGGCCAUGCGCUGCGACGGCUGGCUGGACUGCACGGAUGGCAGCGACGAGAGGGGUUGCACCUGCACCGAGGAGCAGUUCAAGUGCCAGAACGGCUGGUGCAAGCCCAAGUUCUGGGUGUGCGACACCGUGAACGACUGCGGCGACAACAGCGACGAGCUCAAGUGCAGCUGCUCCGAGGAGAGCUUCAAGUGCGACAACGGCAAGUGCAUCCCUGCGACGCAGAAAUGCGACGGCAGCGACGACUGCGGCGACGGCAGCGACGAGGGCAGCUGCAACAGGGCCGCUGUGAAGGUGUCCUGCAAGGACUACACGUACAAGUGCCGCAGCGGGGACUGCAUCAGCAAGCAGAACCCGGAGUGCGAUGGCGAGAAGGACUGUGAGGACAACUCCGAUGAGGACAACUGCAGUGAGUGCCCCUGGGUCGCACGGGAGGGCUUCUGUGGGUGCCAGCGGGGUCUGUCUGCCCCUCGGCUGGCGUGGGGGGACCGCAGCGGCAGCAACGUGCAAGCGCGCGCCGUGAAGCGCAUCACCACCCACCCCAGCUUCAACGACUACACCUAUGACUACGACAUCGCCGUGCUGGAGCUGCAGGAGCCCGUCACCUUCUCCUCCGUCGUCAAGCCCAUCUGCCUCCCCGACGCUACCCACAACUUCCCUGCCGGCAAGGACCUGUGGGUGACCGGCUGGGGAGCCACCGUGGAAGGAGGGCACCCAGCCGCCUCCGCCGCUCUCCCUGUGGAUGUGACAACGCUGGGGUGGCCUCACCUUCCGGAGGCAACGCCGCUCCGCUUCUCCCUCCGCCGGGAGAACAUCUGGGAUCGGCUCAGAUCCCGCUAG